CUCCGCUCAGUCACUCCGCAGUUGCGUUUCGUGUUUAUUUCGGACUACGCUUCAUAGUAAUUCGGUUGGGUGUGUCUCUGAAAUUAUAAAAAAUAAAUAUUAACCAUGAGUGGCCAACAAUACUACCCGUACAAGUGCACCCCCACGGUGUACCCCGCGGAGCCCUUCGACCCUGCGGCAGAUGCGGAGACACUUAGGAAGGCGAUGAAGGGCUUCGGCACAGACGAAAAAGCCAUCAUCGACGUCCUUUGCCGUCGCGGUAUCGUACAACGUUUGGAGAUCGCAGAAACAUUCAAGACUAACUAUGGAAAGGAUCUGAUCAGUGAGCUGAAGAGUGAACUGACUGGUAACUUGGAGAAUGUGAUAGUUGCUCUGAUGACUCCUCUGCCCCACUUCUACGCCAAGGAGUUGCACGACGCCGUUUCCGGACUGGGCACUGACGAGGAGGCCAUCAUUGAGAUUCUCUGCACGUUGUCUAACUACGGCAUUCGUACAAUCUCAGCUUUCUACGAGCAGUUGUACGGCAAAAGCUUAGAAUCUGACUUGAAGGGUGACACAUCUGGUCACUUCAAGCGUCUCUGCGUCUCACUGUGCAUGGCCAACCGCGACGAGAACCAGGGUGUGGAUGAGGCUGGGGCAAAGAGCGACGCCGAAGCGCUGGCUAACGCAGGGGAGGGACAAUGGGGCACUGAUGAGUCGGUCUUCAACUCCAUUCUUAUCACACGCUCUUAUCAACAACUGAGACAGAUCUUCGCAGAAUACGAAGCAUUGGCCGGCAAAGAUAUUGAAGAAACUAUCAAGAAAGAAUUCUCUGGAAGCAUUGAGAAGGGAAUGCUAGCUAUUGUAAAAUGCGUGAAGAGCAAAGUUGGUUUCUUCGCUGAACGUCUCUACUAUUCGAUGAAGGGACUCGGCACCAACGACAAGACUCUGAUCAGAAUUGUAGUGAGCCGUUCUGAAAUCGAUUUGGGAGACAUCAAACAAGCGUUCCUUGAUAAAUAUGGAAAGCCUUUGGAGACCUGGAUUGCUGAAGACCUAAACGGUGACUUCAGGAAUGUGCUAGUCACACUAUGUGCUUAAUCCUGCAAAAUAGAAAUAUGUAUUUUAGUAGCAAUAUCUAUUAAACUGUAUGUUUUUUAAGCUUUUGCAUGUUUCUAAAUAUUUAGAAAGUUACAAAAUCGAUGUAAUAUUUUGCAGGAUGAUACGAAAGGGGACUACAAACGCGUCUUACUUACUCUCGUUUCCUA